AUGUGUCAAGACAUACCAGCAGGGGAAAUUCAUCUAACACAAACAACAGGAUACCAACUCGGCAACGGCCGCGACAUCUGGACCCUCUCCUACGACGAAAUAACCCGCUUCAUGCAAGUCUUCUUCGCCUUUGAAGUAAUCUACACCCUCUCCAUCUCCGCCCUCAAAGCCUCCAUCCUCUUCUUCUACAUCCGCGUCUUCAGCAUGGUCUCCCGCACCUUCUCCCUCAUCCUCUGGUGCACCCAAGCCUUCAACUUCCUAUUCUGCCUCGCCUUCACCGUCGCCAACCUGAACCAGUGCCGUCCCUUCAGCAACGCCUGGGAGGCCUGGGACGGCCGCCACCCGGGGUAUUGUAUUAAUGUCUACGCCAUGUUCAUCGCGCACGCGGCGAUUAAUAUCGCGCUGGAUGUGUGGAUGUUGGGGUUGCCGGUCACGCAGGUGCUGUGGUUGAAUUUGAGAAAGAGGCGAAAGGUUGAGAUUGUGGUUAUGUUUGGGUUGGGUGUUUUUAUCACAAUCGUCAGGGCAAUCCGUCUCCGAGUUCUCCUAAGCCUGGAAGGCUUCCAAGACCCAACCUGUAAGACCCCAUCCUCACAUUGUCUUCUCCCCGUCCCCAUUCAAACCACCUCGCAAUACUAA